ACAAGGCUUACAGUGCUUAUCAAUUCUGGUGCAGCAUCAACAAUACCCAGCAGCUAUUCGUUCAUUGUAUUAUAUGCUUCCAUUUUUUGUAAAAAAGUCUGAUCAUUUGCUGUUGGAAACAGAGUUUUUAAAAUCUAUGAAUUAUCUCAUAACAGCUGAUAUGAGUGUGUUGUCAAGUAUUACCGGUGGUGCUGUAAAGGGUAUUGUACUUCAGAAAUUAGCUGCUAUGAUUAAGCACCAAAUUUUACAAGCUUGGAAUCUAACUGUUGAAUGCGCUGUUCCUCUCAUAAGCCUGUGGAUUAAAAUCCUUUUAAAGUUGUCUGCACCUGACAAGAGCUCUUCUUUUACAUUCAAAGAUUCUGCUAAGCAAGUGUAUUUCCUUUUGGAUGUGGUUGCAAAGAUAUCAUUCAUGGAUUACUACGCUAGAAAUAGUACUUUGGAUCUAAUAUACUCUUUUGGAAAACCAUUGGUGUCUUCAAGUAAUACUGUUCAGCCAUCUUUGUGGGAGAGACUAUUCAGCUCUAAUACUGAAAUGUGUGGUAUACUGAACAAACAAACAUUACCUGACUACCCAUGGCUGGCAUGGUAUGUAAUUUCAGUGGAAAUUAAGCAGAAAAGUGCUUCAGAAUUAUGGAAUCUGGUUCAGGAACACAUGACAAAAGAUAAAUCUGCCACCUUAGCAGUUGCCAUGAAGAAAGCAGCAGCCUGUUUGAAAAUAAAUGCUCCACCUCUAGAAAGUUUGCCAAUUUAUCGUUGGGCAUUGCAAAUUAUGAGUAGUUCACCAUCACAUCCCUCUCUUCCAUUAAUGUGGCAGCAGUUUUUUUUAUAUUAUUUUGAAAGACGAAAGCUUCAAGAUCAACAUUUAGGCCAGAGUAUUGGCAAUAUUUAUUUCAAAAGUGGAGCACAGCUAGCAGUUCUUAAUAAAAUGAAAGUGCGACUUAAAGAAUCUGAGGAAUAUUACAACAGUUUAGUUGAAAAUCAGAGUACAGGUGUUCUCAAACAUGUUGUGUGCGCUAGUGAAACAGGAAAAGACGAAAUUGUUGAAGAAUCUAAGCAUCACUUAAAUUUGUUAAAAUUAUUUAGAGCUUUUAAGGUAUGGAUUGAUGAUGAAGCCUUGCAUUCUUCAACACUUUGUUUCUCGGCAUUACAGCCUGUCUAUUAUUCAGAAAGGUUGAGACUGAUUCUCGAAAAUGAUCAGAGAACUUGGUUUGAACUUGUAUCUAUUGAUUCAAUAAAAGAUGAAUUGAAUUCAAAAUUGCAUACAUGGCAAAGUAAACCUAUGAACUUGGAGGAUAAUAACAACAGCUCAAACACGGAAUCGUUUAUUGACUGUAUUUCACGACAUUUGAAAGAAUAUGACCAUGUGAAACUAUUGGAGUCUGAUUCAUCAUUUGAUGUGCCUUCGCAAGAAAUUACUGAAACGUUUUUGACAUCAUGGAAAGUUUUAGUUCAGUUGAUUGAGAAUGAUCAACUUAUAAUCUUUGACAAAGCAAAGCAUUUCAUCAACUUAGUUGGAAGAUUGAAGCAGUUGAACUUUAAUUACAAGAAUUGGGUUCCUCAGAAAUAUAAAAAUGAAGAUUGUGAGAUAACAGUCAGGAAAGUGUGCCAUAAAGGAGAAAAAUCUAAUGGUUGUGCUGGAGCUGCAACAUUUAAACUACAGAUUCAAAAAUACAUUCGGGAUGAAAGAAUACACGAUAAAAUAGAAACAAACAGAGCAGAACAUAAUGUUGUUUUAGAUCAAAUUUUGAAGCUUCCUGUUCAUGAGUUAUGUCUUGCCUCACUCCGUAUUGAAAACUGCAUAAGAGCUUUAUCAAGAAACAUGAAUACUGCUCCUACAGAGGAUGCCGUGAAAUACCGUAAUAUGGGCAUAUCUUUGUUUUACCAUCAAAUGCAAACUAUUGACAAAAUAAUUUCAUCAGUUGCUGACUAUUUGCCGUCCAGACAGUUCUUUUCAUCAAUUAUUGAGUCUUUAGGAAAAGAAUUCAUUGAAGGCCAAGAAGACCAACUGUUAAACUUAGUAGACUCUAUUCUGAAGUAUCCAGCAGCUGGAGUGCUUGCCUCACCUCUAUUCAAUCCAAAGUUGGCUUUUAGCUCAGUUUUUCUUGAUGUUUACAAAAAAAUUGCUUUGUCAAUCUCUAACUGUUCCAGAAAUACUCUGCUUGUGUUGUUGAGUAAAGUUGACUUGCAAUUUUGGCUGAAAGAGAAGCAAGUUGAUUUUAAUUAUAGGAAAGAACUCUUUCAAGUUGUGUGUAAUGCCUUGCUUUCCUGUGGUUUAAAUCCAAGCAGUGAUCUAAUGCCAAUUUAUGAGGUUUUUAAAAAGCAUUUCAACAUUGUGCUAUCAUUUAUGUUUCCUGAAUUGUACUCUAGUGCAGUGUCAUUUCUCUUUGCUGGCAUGGAAAAAGGCACUUUGAAUGUGGACUUAUGGUACGAAUCCAUGUAUUGUUUUGGCUGUACUUUGUUGUCCCAGUCAUCUACCGUAGAAGAUAUUGAAAUUGCUGUUAAGAAAUUUGCUGAGAACCAGCGACUACCUCCAGAUCAGCAAAUAUUUGUAUCUUGUCAGCCAUUGAACAUUUAUCAGGUGAUGGAAACAUUGGAUCUUUUGCACCAUAAAUUCACAAAGAAAACACAGGCUUCAUUGUAUCAAGAAUAUCAUGCAUAUGUAAAACCACUUGGAUUGUUUAUGGCCUUACUAAAUCAUGCAUAUUUAAGUUUAUUUAUGGUGGAUGUUUUCAAACAAGAACAAAAUCUAAGUGUUUCUCACAUUUGGAAAACACUCGAUCAAUCUUUUGCCAGCUGGUUGCAUCCUGUUGUUGAGGGAGCUCAUUUAAGUUUCCCAUGGUCAGAUAACCAAAUAAAUGAAGCUGAAUUCAUGUUCAAGAUGUUUACUAUGUGUUUAAAAUAUUCUCAUGAACAAUUGCUCAUUAAUCAUAAUUGCGAAAAGUAUAUACUGUCAUACUUGUGGGGCCAUUAUGUACAGUCUUAUGUGUCACAUGGCUAUCGCCAUUAUUCUAUAUCAUUAUGUCACACGGAAUUGCUAAAGCUUCCCUGGCACCAAUUUCAUCCUGAUGCAGAAGACAUCGAAGGAAUGUGUAAAGUACUUCAGAGUGAUUUAAAGGAAAGUAAAGAAUUCUUAGCAAAAAUCAGCUUAGAAAUUCCAUGGCUCGAUGUCAUGAGUUAUGUUUCAUCAACGAAACCUCCUGAAUACGUUGGAAAAACAUUAGGAACCCUUGCUAAGUUAUUAAUCAUAUCAGGAUGGGAUACAUCCACAAAGAAGAAAAAAUUUCAACAAAACGACUUUAAAGAACUUGAAACUUUGCCAUGGUAUUUUCUUCACUUAGAUGACGUUGAAGGACUAUUGAGCUUGUUUUUCUCAGGACCAGAUAUUGCAAAAAUUUUACUAGGAGUUUCGCAAAAUGCACAUCAAAUUCUUCUAUUUCAAUUUUUGAAAUUUUUAUGUUGCAUGAGUGCAAAUUCAAGCUCAGAAGGUUGCUGCACACCAAAACGUUUGUUGUACCUACAUAAAUACACAUCUUCACUAUCUGUGUGUAUUUCAGCUAAGAAGGAAUUAUUUUUAAAAAACUCAGACAAUUUUAAAACCAUGUUGCCAUCUCUACUGAAAGAUAUUGAAGUAGUUGUGUCAAAAGGUGUAAAAUCAGAUGAGAUAGUCACCAAUGCUCUGCCUCUUGUUAGAGAAGUGAUUGGCUUUCUUAACAGUAUUGCUGAACCUACACUUGAGAAAGUAGCAACAGAUUCGGUUGUUUUGUGGUUGACUUCAAAUCACCGCAGCCCACUGCUACUUCCUUGUCUUAAAUCAUCUUGCUGUUGUCUAAAUACUAUGGCAAACAUGGUGAUCAUCUGUGAAUGCUGUAUUGAAUCACGUUUUGCAGAUUCCCAAGAUGCGGUUGAAGCUUCUUCUAUUUUCCAGCUGAUAUCUUCUUAUUUCCAAGUGCCUUAUGGCCACUGUGAUGAAUUUGUGCAAGUGUGUGUUCAGAAAAGAGCAUUUUUGGCAAUGUACUGCUAUGUAUUGCAAAAAAGGUCCAAUAUGACUUCAACAGAAUCUAAGAAACAACUAGUCUGGUCUCUCGUUGAUUGGAUAAGAAGAGCAAGAGUCAGUGAAAAUUGUGAAGCCAAAUCUCUCCUUUUAUGGGACAAAAUUCUUGAGUUGUGCAUUAUACUAACUUCUGAGGAUGAAGUUCAGAGUGUUCAAAAAGUUCUCCUUUCAUUCUGCAAUGAGCUAAAUGCUUUCAGUGAAGAUAGAGUAAACACUGGAGUUCUUGGUGCUAUUGGAUUUGGGCGUCACUCAGAGCUUUCUGUUAAUUUCAGAUUUAUGUGCUGUGCCAUGGUUGCAUACCUGCUUCUGCAAAUUCCUGACAAUGCUCCCAUUCGGUUGGAGGCAAUGGCGUCCGGAUAUUUAACUCCUGAGGACAGUGGUAGCCAAAAAAGAUCUCCAAAACUCCCUCAGCCAUCUCAAGCGGCUUUGAAAGCUUUGGAAAAACUAAAUGCUUUGUUAGAUAAGAAACCAUAUUCUGCUUUGCGUUGCCAGGUGAAUGAUGCAAUCAGCUGUAUCCGUGACCCAAAAAAUUCAUUUGUAGAAAGUCGCCAGUUUUUGAAGCGCUUUGCUCUUCUUGCAUUUCCUAAAGACAAUUUUUUACAUGCUUUAAGUUAGUGAAGCGCAUUUUAAUUUUAUGUUUGCAAAUGACUGGUUUUAUUUAUGUAAACAAUCAUUGUUUGUAAAAGCUGUGAUAUUAAAAAAAUCUGGACAU